AUGCAAUAGGUCAAAAGGUUACACAAAGAUCUGACAAAGCCAGAGAAGAGUCAUAAAUACAGAUAAAUCAUAGAAGAAUUAUCAGAAUACUUUCUAUUUGGUGAUCAUUAAUAAGAAGAGUUGUUUGAGUACUAAUAAAUAUUUAUCAAGCUAUUUUGCAGAACAUAAUAUAUUAAGCUUAUUUUACUAGAAACUUAAGUCUGCAAACCAUCAAUUAACAAUUUUCAUUAUUGAAAGAAUGUCUAUGAUUAUGUAAAAUGUUAUUUGAUUAUAGUACUAAUCUAUAAAACCCACUCAAUCUGAAUUAUGUAUUAAGUAAUCCCGUUUUGCAUGAUUUCAUUAACUUUAAUUAUAAUUUUAGCAUUCCAGAAAUCGUAGAUUAUUAUGUGAAUUUCUUAAAAACUAUAGCUAUCAGAAUUAAUCGAGACAAUUUUUAUCUUUAUUUCAAUUAAAGGUAUUGUACCUUCCCAUUAUUGUGGUAAGCCUAGAAAUUUAUCAACUACCCUGAUUAAUUGGUUAAGAACACUAUUUAAAACAUUGUUUUAAGUUUGUCAAAAUGUAAAUUGUUAUAGAGUAUUCAUUAUAGUGUCAUCUGAGCCUAAAAGCGAAAAGCAAACAGAAUCAGUUAUUUUCUAUCAAACUAAAAUUAUGAUUCAAUUUAAACAUUAUCUUACAUCCUCCCCAUUUAUUUAAGUGUACGUCAAAUAUAUCAUACAAAUCUAAAAUCUGCUAGAAUCCCUAAAUCUAGAUUCUUAAGAUUAAUAGGAUAAACUUGAGGAUAUUCUGAUGUUUUUUAAUGACCUCAUUACUGAAUGUCCUUUUCUAUCAACAUUUUUAGAGAAAUUAAUUUUAGAUUAAUUAAUUUAGCCAAUCCUAGAUUGCCUAUUGCUCAAUAAAAGCAACACAAUUAAAGUUAGCUAUGAAGUAGGCUUAUUAACAAUAUAUCUAUUUCUCACAAAGCUACCUCUUGUUAAUUCAAUAAUGUCGUAUUUUUGUAAGGAUCAGAUUUAUAUUGAUAAUGCAAUUCAACAUCAAAAAUUAUAGAAGUAAUCGCAAAUGUGGGUUUAUGACACAAAAAACAUGGAAGCAGAAUUCUAAAGCAUAUUCUUAAAAGAGUUUGAUGACAUUGAAGAGAGAAAUAAUUAAUUUAUAGAUUAUAAGAAAAACAAUGAAGUUGAAAAUCCCUAUAAAAAUCAUUUUCUGGAACUUUUAAGAGUAAUUAUUAAUCAUCUAUUUAAUUAGUCAAAACAUAAUACAUUAUUGCUUCUAUAUUUAUCAAUCUGGUUUGUGGCAAAACAAAAUAAUUACCAAAUUCCAUCAAUACAGAUAAUCAAGGUAAAAUUGUAUUUAUGAAUGUAGCUAUUGUAAUUAAAGGAGGAGAUUGUUUUUUCAAAAUAGGUUUUGGAGUUGAUAAUUUUAUUGAUGAUGAAUGAGGAGCUAAAAGAAGUAGAAUAACUAUAUGAAGACUUAAAAAAUAAACUCAUAUCCAUGAUUUCCAAUUUAAAAGUGACAAACAAAAAGUUGAGUGAAGGAUUGGCUGCAAAUUGGGAUAUUAUUGAACAUUUUGAUUGGGAUAAAUUUAAAGAUUCUAAACCUGUAAUAAAAUUUGAUGAUUUGAAACCAUACGUUGAUAAUAGCAAAUUGUCUGAAUUCAAAUAUGUGUAUUUAUGGGUUCUUGUAAAAUGUUUAAUUAAGAAUUCACAAAAGUAGAGAGUUGAAAACCCUUACAAAAUCAAUUAGGAAAUUGAAUUAAAUCUAAAUUGUGAGUUUAUUUAAAUAAUGGAUUCAUAACAUGUACUUAUAGAAUAUAAAAUUAGUAUUUGAUUCUUGAUAUAGAAUCAGGGUAUUUGAUCUAUACUUGUACUCAUAGCAAUCAGGAAUUGGGAACAGUGAAGUUUGUGUAACCUCUAAAGGCCAUUGAGUGUUCAUUUUUGAAUGACACGUUGAUUCUAGAAUCUAGCAAACUUUGUAUUAAUUCAUUCAAACCCUAUCACAUAAAAUGUUAAAAAGAUGUAAUACCAUCGGUAAUCGACAGAAUUUACUAAGCAUAACAGUCAAUGAGUUUAUUAAUUAUUAAUAAAUUGGAAGCACUUUUAUGA